GCACAAAAUAUGCUCUUUUGCAAUAACACCUACUCUUUUAUUGUCUCGCGAGGAGAGAAAUUAGUUUUUCAGCAAUAAAAAUUCAUCAAACGAAUAAAUGGAAAUUUUUUCUUCAGAUCGAUUGAUCCUAGCGAACAGGUUGAGCUCCGUUAGGUCGUGCGCCACAGCGAAUCCUUUUCAAUUGUUCAUCUUUUCAUAUAUAUCUUGGGCGAGAUUCAGAAGGAAGGAUCAAUGCAAAGAGGACGUCCGAGAGGACCGCCACUGUCCGAGGAAGAAGUGAAGAAAAAGAGGGAGGAGAAAAAUAGAAAGGAUAGAGAGUAUCGGGCCCGAAGGACGUCUCUGGCUGAUGACCAUAAAAGAAGUGGUGUGGGAGCUACUUUAAGGAUGGCAGUAUGGUUUUUCUAUCCUGUUAGCAUAUGAUGUGAGUAUGUAUAUAUGGAAUAUGUGGUUUGUGUUUGGCUAUGGUGCUGGUUUGAGUGGAAUCUCCAUGCUCACACCACCAUGGAGUUUCAAACUUCUCUCCGUUUGUACUUUAUAUGGUUUUCAAGUUUUUUGGUGGUUUGUCUAUCUCAUUUCACGGAUGUGGAUUGGCACUAUGGUGCUGCAAUUCCUCCAUAAUUAAUGUCCUAUAUGUCCACUCUGCUUGAAAAUUACUAGCCAAGUGUAGGAUGAGGUAGUAACCUACACGCUUAAAGGAACUUCCCAUGACUAGAUGAUGAGUCCUUGAGCUCACAGCUGAGCUUCCACUGUCCCUCUUACUCUCCAUGUAUAGGGCUGCAGCAAACUUUUUCUCCAGAAACUGCUCUAUGUUUUGUUAUGGGUGCAGUAUUCCUGGAUGUUAGUUUGAGAUUUUCUCUCUAUGGGUUCUACUGUUUAGUAUCUGCUUAUUUGUGUUGUAAUAAUGGAUAGAUCCUCAUCUACUCUGUUGUAAUUGUAAAUGCAGUGUGAAUUCAACUUAUAUAAGGCCUUUUGUGAAGAGCCCGAAAUUGCUGACUUGUUCAAAGCCUUCAAGGAAAAGAAAGAACAAGAGUUCAAGGAAGAAUUAAAGGAGCUUGAGAAAG